AUGCUCAAGCUUCUAAGCCGGCAAGCUACAAAAGCUCUUCGUAAUCCUUUCCGCAGCCCCCUUCCUGUUCCUCUCUACAGCUCUCCCCCUCCUCUUUACGGUCUUCGCCAGACAUGCCAUCUCCAUAAUGAACCAGCUCCGUUCUCGGGACCUCCCAGUUAUGCGACUCUCGCGCGGCGUUUCUCUGAUUCGAGUCCCAGUCCAAUAUGGUACUUCACCCAGAAGAAGGCAAGAGAGGCCAUCGAUCGUGGUGAAUUUGUUGACAUUCAUGACAUUGGCGGCGUGAACCCCAAAGACUGUCAUGUCUCAUUCACGGAUAUGGACAACGACACGCUUCAGUCUGAAAUUUCGAAACUCGUGGAUAUACCAUACCUCCAGGAGGCGACGACAGACGAAGCUGGUAAGGUGGCUAGAGAAAUUCAUGGUUUUUUGUACGGCCGGGAGCUCCGCAUGAUACUUCCAUGUGUCCUCAAGAUUAAAAACAACGCUCGUUGGGUUUUCUUUGUCGUGAAUCAGGGGUCUCCAUUGACGUUCAUCUCGAAACAUGCAAGGGUGGCGCAAGCCUUCGGUCUUGGCUUCGAAGAGACACUUUCUUGGAAUACUACAAUCGCUGGUCACCCUAACCCGGUUUAUCUGUCGCCGUCGGAUUCACACUUUUCUGAACUGAACCUUCUCGGCAUGGACUUCUGCAGCAGAAUUGGAUUUAUUCCUCUGAUUCGCCCUAACAAUCUGAUGGUAACAUAUUACCUCGGCGACGGUUGGGAGGUGAACUCUGAUAGUAUCUCUGAGCCUAAGCAAUGA